AUGGCCAGCAACUCGACCGCCGCUUCUACCCCGCACCCGCGGCUUGGGUGGAUAGGUCUUGGAUCUAUGGGCAUCGGAAUGGCCACCAACUUGCAAAAGCAUCUGGCAGAGAGAAAGGCACCAUGUCUCCAAUUCCACAAUCGAACAAUGUCUCGCGGGGAUCCGCUGCAGGAUAUCGGGGGCGUGCCUCGUCCCGACAUCAAAGAUCUUGUUGUGAGCGCAGACAUUAUCUUCAUGUCCCUCAGCGAUGAUGCAGCAUUGGAAGCAACUCUGAAUGCGAUUAUGGAAUCCCACACAGCCGACGAUCUGACUAACAAAAUCAUCGUUGACACCUCGACGGUUCAUCCAUCAUCUUCAGCAACUGCACGGGACCGUCUUGCAGAAAGAAACGCAAAGUUUGUUGCUGCCCCAGUGUUCGGCGCAAGUCCCGUUGCAGCUCAAGGAAAGCUACUGUGGAUUGUUGCCGGGCCUAAUGAUGCCAUUGACACUAUUGACCCGUUCAUCGUUGGCGUCAUGGGACGAGGUGUCAUCAAGCUCGGAGAAGAUGUUACAAAGUCUAGUUUGCUUAAGACAGCAGGAAACUUUGUGACUGCUGGCAUGAUGGAAGUUGUCGCCGAGGCCCAUGUAUUCGCUGAGAAGACUGGACUAGGCACCGAGGCAAUGGAGUCUCUGAUUGAUCAGCAGUAUGGUCCUUUAGCCCUGUCCAUGUCGAAGCGGUUGACCACCGGCGCUUACCUACCGCCACUUGGCGAAAAGCCAUGGUCUGAUCUUGGUCUUGCCCUGAAGGAUGUAGGACACGGUAUUAAUUGCGCGGAGACGUCAGGUUCGAGAUUGGAAGUUGCCGAAGUAGCGUUGAAGCAUUUACAAGAAGCAAAAAAAUUCUCAGAGGCUGUGGGAAGGCCACUUGAUUCCUCCUCAAUGUAUGGCGUAGUUCGCAGCGAGGCUGGGUUGUCGUUUGAAACGGACUUGGUUAAAAGGAGGGAUGGUUCUUUACCUUGA